AUUCAGAGCCCUUGUCUCAUAACUCGCAUCUCCCAUUUCUCCGUUCACAACACGAGUCCAACAACACCCAUGGCUUCUACCACAACCUGCACCGUCACUUUUUCUGACUCCGAACCCACAGAGUUCAUUAUACCUGACUUCUUCAGUGAUUUCCCUUAUCCAAUGCGACUGAACCCUCACUGUUAUCCGGUAUCUCGGGCUUCUGAUCAAUGGCUUUGUAGCGAAGGCCAUCUAGUAGAGCCCAAGACUACCAUAUAUACGGUCUUGCGCGCAGGUUACCUCGCUUCAGCUACUUACCCUGAUGCGGAUGCUUUCCAUCUCAGGGUCUGCGCGGACUGGCUGGGCUGGUCGUUCAUAGUAGACGACUGGCUCGAGUUCGAGAGGUUCGAUGUCAAUGAUGCGUGGGGAAUACGCGAUAGCUGCAUGUCUGCGUUCCGCGAUCCCGUCAACUUCCAGACAGAAAGAUAUAGUGCAAAGAUGUGCAAAUCAUUCGUCUCUCGAUUUAAGGAGACUAGCGGUCCUGGCUGCGCAAAGCGCUUUAUCGAAUCCAAUGACGUGUGGUUUAUCCUUGCGGCAAAGGAGAUGGACAACCGCCUCAAGGGACAUGUCAAUAAUGUCGAAUCUUACAUUGAAAUGAGGCGUAUAUUGAGCGGCCUCAAGCCUUCCUUUGCCCUUAUCGAAUUCGCCGGUCAGAUUGAUCUUCCUGACGAAGUGGUCUCGCAUCCGGUCAUCAUGGCCCUGGAGGAGGCUGCCAUUGACUGGGUUGCUUGGUCAAAUGAUAUUUUCUCCUAUAACGUAGAGCAGGCUCGCCAUAGCACAAGCAAUUUAGUUGUGCUGGUUAUGAUGCAUCAAGGUCUCGACCUGCAAGGUGCUGUUGACUACUGCGGCCGGCUAUGCAAGACCUCCAUCCAGCGCUUUGAAGAACACCGUGCUAUCCUCCCCUCCUGGGGAGAAGAAGUCGACAAAGAGGUGGCUAUCUACGUCCAAGGACUGCAAAACUGGAUGUCCGGUUCGCUGCAAUGGUCCUUCGAGAACGCCCGCUAUUUCGGGAAGGAUGCGCACGUUGUCAAGCGGGACAGGACCGUCAAGCUGCUUCCCAAGCGGCCCUUGUGAAAUCCAUAGCUAUUAUUCUAUAAAGCUACAUCAUUAUUCAUGUCUUGCUAUGUGUCAAGCUGCCUACCGAAUGCGCAUUAUGUUUUGCCUUUCUU